CAGCCAGGCUUUCAUGCUUCCCUCUAUCAGCUCAGUCCACAGCCCGUCUCCCCUGCCCUAGUGACUUGCUAACCUUGGCUGCUUCUCCUCAGGGAAGGGUGAUCUGAUCGGCUGUGAGCUGCCCCAGCGGGAGCAGGUGGUGAAGGCCAACGCCGACGUGAAGGGGCUGACGUACUGCGUCCUCCAGUGUCUGCAGCUGGCCGGGCUGCACGAGAGCCUCGCCCUGUACCCGGAGUUUGCCCCACGCUUUAGCCGUGGCCUCCGAGGGGAGCUCAGCUACAACCUGGGGGCUGGGGAGUCUCUGCAGAGGUGGACACCAGCUCCUUGAGCGGUGACAACACUCUCAUGUCCACCCUGGAGGAGAAGGAGACGGACGGGGAGCAGGGACACACCGUCUCACCAGCCCCAGCGGAUGAGCCCUCCAGUCCUCUGCUGUCCCCUGGCUGUACCUCCUCCUCCUCAGCUGCCAAACUGCUGUCCCCGCGUGGAACGGCACCCAGACCACGCCUAGGUGGCAGAGGGCGGCCAAGCAGGGCAGGGGUUCUGAAGCCCGAGGCCGGCCCCUCUGCUCAUCCACGGACCCUCGAUGGGCUGCGGCUGCCCCCCAUGCCAUGGAAUGUACCCCCAGACCUGAGCCCCAGGGUCGUAGAUGGCAUUGAGGAUGGCUGUGGCUCUGACCAGCACAAGUUCUCUUUCCGAGUGGGUCAGUCUGGCCCAGAAUGUAGCAGCAGCCCCUCUCCGGGACAAGAGAGUGGCCUGCUCACCGUCCCCUCGGGGCCCAGUGAGACAAGGAGCGCGGACACGCUGGACAAGCUGCGGCAGGCGGUGGUGGAGCUGUCCGAACAGGUGCUGCAGAUGCGGGAGGGGCUGCAGUCACUCCGCCAGGCCGUGCACCUCAUCUUGGCGCCCCAAGGGGAAGGCCAGUGUCCCGGGGCAUCAGGAGAGGGGCCGUGCCCAGCCACUGCCUCUGGGCUCCUCCAGCCCCUGCGUGUGGACACCGGGGCACCCUCCUACUGCCUGCAGCCCCCCGCAGGUUCUGUCUUGAGUGGGACCUGGCCGCACCCUCGCCCAGGGCACCCUCCUCCCCUCAUGGCACCCUGGCCAUGGGGCCCCCCUGCAUCUCAGAGCUCCCCUUGGCCUCGCGCCACAGCUUUAUGGACCUCCACCUCAGACUCGGAGCCCCCUGGCUCUGGAGACCUCUGCUCUGAGCCGAGCACCCCAGCAUCACCCCCUCCUUCUGAGGAAGGGGCUAGGACUGGGACCCCAGCACCUGUGAGCCAGGCUGAGGCUACCAGUACUGGAGAGCCCCCUCCGGGGUCAGGAAGCCGGGCCCUGCCCUGGGAUCCCCACAGCCUAGAGAUGGUGCUCAUUGGCUGCCACGGUCCCGGCACAGUCCAGUGGAGCCAGGAAGAAGGCACAGGGGUCUGAGUGCUGUGGAGGUCGGGACUGCACUCACCCGCCACCUGGGCUCCGCCUCGCCUCACAGCUGCACACUGCCCGCUGGCUCAGGGCAGGGAGCCCGAGAAGGGGGGAAGCUUAGCCCAGCCUGAGGGUGAGCUGGAGCAUCAGGCAGGCCCCAGACGAGGGAGGGGUCCACAGGUUCUGCUCCACUGACCUGCUUGUUCCCCUCCACCAGAUGGGGGCAGAGGCCUGAGGACAAGGAGGGGUCUGCCAUUCCUUGCAUGUGCCUGUCUCCACCUGUCCUCAUGUUUUUUAUAUUAAAAAACAAAAAAUAAAAGAAACUACUUUGGAA